AUGAAGAUAUUAGAGAUGGCGCAUAUGACAGUGCCACUUCUAAUGAUGCUUUUUCUAUGUACUCUAUCCAGCAACUCGUCAUUCCAGCCUGCUCUAGUAUUAGAAAUGGCCAAGAUUCUUUUGGAAAACUACUGCUUCCCUGAGAACCUGGUUGGGAUGCAAGAGGCCAUCCAACAAGCUAUCAACAGUGGAGAAAUCCUACAGAUUUCAGAUAGGAAGACCCUGGCAACUGUGCUCACAGCUGGAGUACAAGGAGCACUGAAUGAUCCUCGGUUGACCAUUUCCUAUGAGCCUAAUUUUGUCCCAGUGAUGCCACCAACUCUGUCAUCUCUUCCAAAAGAACAGCUGAUCCGGCUGGUGAAAAACUCUGUCAAGUCGGAUAUCUUGGAAAACAAUGUUGGCUAUCUACGGAUAGAUCGGAUCGUUGGAGAGGAAACAGCAGUAAAGUUGGGCUCUCAGCUCAUGGAAAGUAUCUGGGAUAAAAUUGCUCACACAUCCUCACUAAUCUUUGACCUAAGGUACAGCACAGCUGGAGAGCUCUCUGGAGUUCCUUUUAUUAUCUCCUAUUUCUCAGACCCUGAGUCCCUUAUUCAUAUUGACACUGUAUAUGACAGGCCUUCAAAUUCAACCAAGGAGCUAUGGACCAUCCCAUCUAUAGUGGGGGAAAGGUAUGGAAAGGAAAAAGAUGUCAUUAUUUUGACCAGUAGACGCACAACCGGGACUGCUGAGGCAGUGGCAUAUGCUCUAAAAAAACUUAGGAGGGCCAUCACAGUUGGAGAAAGGUCUGCUGGUGGGUCGGUGAAAGUCCAAAAAAUUAGGAUUGCUCAGUCAAAGUUCUACAUAACAGUUCCUGUGGCAAGAUCUGUCAGCCCAAUUACAGGUCAGAGCUGGGAGGUGACUGGUGUUUCCCCAAAUGUCCACGUCAUUGCCAAGGAAGCCGUUGCAAAAGCCAAAUCACUUCUGGCUAUAAGGAAUUCUAUUCCAAAGGUUGUCCAAAGUAUCUCUGACAAAAUCAACCGGUUCUACACGUUUACUGAAAGAGUUCCAGCUCUUCUUCAACUCUUGGAAUCUACAGACUUCGUGUCUGUCGUAUCUGAAGAGGAUCUAGCAAUCAGACUCAACCAAGUGCUCCAGACUGUGUCUGAAGAUCCCAGACUGACAAUCAAAUACAUGCCAGAAUAUGCAGCCAAUGUAGAGGAAGGCCCUGAAGAUGACAGAGUUCCAGAUGAUCCUGGACUAUUAAUGGAAUACAUUGAUACAUUGCUCAAAGUGGAAAUUCUCCCAGGCAACACUGGUUAUGUCCGCUUUGACAAGUUUGUCAAGUCAUCUGCUAAAUUAGAAGAGGCCAUGGCUAAAAAGGUAUGGGUACCCCUCAAAGAUACUGCUAACUUGAUUAUCGAUUUGCGCUAUAACACCGGUGGGUCCUCUACCUCUCUAGCCAUUAUUUUGUCUUAUCUACAGGACACUUCACAGAAGCAACACUUUUUUACAAUAUAUGACCGAAUUCAGAACAGUACAACAGAACACAACACUUUGCCUAAAAUUACAGGACCAGUGUAUGGCUCAAAGCGGGAGAUUUACGUGUUAACCAGUUAUUACACAGCAAGUGUUGGCGAAGAGUUUGCAUAUCUGAUACAGUCAUUACAUCGUGGCACAGUCAUUGGGGAAAUUACGUCUGGUACCCUAAUGCACUCAAAGACCUUUAAAAUAGAGGGGACCAAUAUUGCCAUCACUGUUCCUUUCAUAAACUUUAUCGACAACAAUGGAGAAUUCUGGCUGGGAGGUGGGGUGGUCCCUGAUGCCAUUGUGCUUGCUGAAGAAGCAGUGGACCAUGUUCAUGAGAUUGCUGAAUUUCACAAAGGACUAAAUUCCCUUAUACAAGGAGCUGGAGAUUUGUUAGAAGAUCACUACGCAAUCCAUGAAGUCGCGCUAAAGGUUAGCAAGGUGCUGGUAAGUAAAUGGGCUGACGGAUUAUACCGAUCGGUGGUUGACUUUGAGUCUUUGGCAUCACAGCUGACAGCAGAUCUCCAAGAGACUUCAGGUGAUCACCGACUGCAUGUUUUCCACUGUGAUGUUGAGCCUGAGUCACUUCAUGAACUUCCAAAGAUUCCUACAGCAGAGGAAGUGGGCUAUAUAAUUGAUGCUCUUUUUAAAAUUGAGCUUCUGCCAGGUAACAUUGGCUAUUUAAGGUUUGAUAUGAUGGCAGACAUAGAAGUGGUAAAAGCCAUCGGGCCCCAUCUUAUAAAAUCUGUUUGGAGCAAGAUAAUAAACACAGAUGCCCUCAUAAUUGAUAUGAGGUACAACACUGGUGGUUAUUCAACCGCUAUUCCACUUUUGUGUAGCUAUUUCUUUGAUGCAGAACCUUUACACCAUCUUUACUCUGUUUUUGACCGAACGACAACCACAAUGACAGAAGUCAUGACAGUUCCACAGGUGAGGGGUCAAAGAUACGGAUCCUCCAAGGAACUAUUCAUCUUGACCAGUCAUAUGACUGGAUCAGCAGCCGAAGUGUUCACUCGCACAAUGAAGGACCUAAAUCGGGCCACAAUUGUUGGCGAGCCAACAACUGGUGGGUCUUUAUCAAGUAGAACGUAUCAGAUCGGAGACACUGUCCUGUAUGCGUCCAUUCCUAACCAAGCUGUUUUUAGUGCCAUCACUGGAAAAAUGUGGAGCUUUUCGGGGGUUGAGCCCCAUAUUGCUGUCCAGGCAAAUGAGGCUCUAUCUGUAGCUCAGAAAAUCCUAGAGUCAAGGUUGCUGAAGAGAGUGCAACUUAUGAGUGUACUAACAAAAACCUUGCAGCCAAAACAGUGCCAUUUGACAGAAGACCUCUUUGGGGAAAGAGGUUUGGUUCAACAACGUGCAUUUUGUGUCUGCUCGCUUUUUUGUCAGGCUGAACUGGCAAAAAAAAUGGCAAAGACUCUCGUUCUGGUGGCAUCUCUGCUAAUUUUGGGAAAUGUUUUCUUUAGCCAUGCCUCCUUUCCCCCCAGUGUCAUCGUAGACAUAGCAACAAUCAUCUUGAACAAUUACUGCUCACCAGAGAAGCUGGUGGGGAUGAAGGAGGCAAUCGAAGCAGCCAGCAGCAACACAGGUAUUCUCAACAUGCCAGAUGCCGAAACUCUGGCCAAUGUCCUCAGCAGCGGGGUUCAGCAUACAGUCAGUGACCCACGCCUGAAGGUCUCCUAUCAGCCAAACUAUGUUCCUGCAGUUCCCCCAAAGUUGCCUCCCCUGCCUCCUGAGCAGCUCAUCGCAGUCAUCCAGAACUCCAUGAAGCUUGAUAUCCUGGAGGGCAACAUUGGCUAUCUGAGGAUUGAUCACAUCCUUGGUGAAGAGGCAGCUGAAAAGGUUGGUCCUUUGCUUCUAGACCUUGUCUGGAGUAAAAUUUUGCCUACAUCUGCCCUGAUCUUUGACUUGCGCUACACUGGCAGUGGGGAAGUCACUGGGAUCCCCUACAUUGUGUCUUACUUCACCGAAGCCGAGCCUCUGAUUCACAUUGACAGCAUUUAUGACCGUCCCUCGAACACCACCACUCCGUUUUUCACUAUGCCGGAUCUGCUUGGGCAGAGAUAUGGUGCAACUAAAUCCAUCAUUGUCCUCACCAGCAAAAACACCAAGGGCAUUGCCGAAGAUGUUGCCUACUGUCUUCAGAAUCUGAAAAGGGCCACCAUUGUUGGUGAGAAGACAGCCGGAGGCUCGGUGAAAAUUGAUAAAUUCAAAGUUGGUGAUUCUGACUUCUAUGUCACUGUACCAACUGCUAAGUCUAUCAACCCCAUUACUGGCUCCACUUGGGAGAUCACAGGUGUCACCCCAGAUGUGGAGGUAAAUGCUGAGGAUGCCCUUGCUACCGCUAUCAAGAUCAUCAACCUCCGUGCCAAAGUUCCAGCAAUCAUUGAGGGAUCAGCAACCCUGAUUGCUGACAACUAUGCGUUUGAAAAUAUUGGGGCAGAUGUUGCAGCAAAGCUCAAAGAGCAGCUGGCAAGUGGCACGUACAACAUGGUUGUCUCCAAGCAGAGUUUGGAAUCGAAGUUGUCUGCUGAUCUGCAGACCCUUUCUGGGGACAAGAGCCUGAAGACCACCAGCAACACUCCAGCCCUACCACCUAUGGAUUAUACCCCAGAAAUGUACAUUGAACUGAUCAAAGUCUCCUUCCAUACUGACGUAUUUGAAAACAACAUCGGCUAUCUGCGUUUUGACAUGUUUGGAGACUUUGAGGAGGUGAAGCCUAUUGCCCAGGUUAUUGUUGAACAUGUCUGGAACAAAGUUCUCAACACUGAUGCUUUGAUCGUUGACCUCAGGAACAAUCUCGGGGGCCCAACAACAGCUAUCGCAGGCUUCUGCUCUUACUUCUUUGAUGCGGACAAGCAGAUUGUGUUGGACAAGCUGUACGACAGAUCAUCUGGAACCAUCACAGAGCUCCAAACUCUGCCAGAACUCACCGGUGUACGGUAUGGCUCCAAGAAAAGCGUAAUCAUCCUGACCAGUGGAGCUACUGCUGGUGCUGCAGAAGAGUUUGUUUACAUCAUGAAGAAGCUGGGCCGCGCCAUGAUCAUUGGCGAAACUACAGCUGGGGCAUCCCACCCACCCAAGACCUUCCAGGUCGGCGAGACCGAUAUCUUCCUCAGCAUCCCCACUGUUCACUCCGACAAUUCUGCAGGGCCAGCCUGGGAGGGAGCCGGCAUUGCACCUCACAUUCCCGUCCCAGCUGAUGGUGCCCUCGACACUGCCAAAGGCAUCUUCAACAAGCACCUUGCAGUUAAGGAGACCACGUCCUGAACAAAGUCAUGGGGGACACAAUCGCCACUUUGUUUUGGCAGCCAAAUAAUCUCAAGAGUCUAGGCUUGUUUAAGAAGUGAACAAUGUAGUUUUUAUGUAAAAAAUAAAGUAUAAUCUGUUGCUCAUAACUAAACCUUUUUAGUCUGUUCUUAAUGUAGAGCAAAGGUUAAAUGGGAUUUCUGUAGUUUUCAUUUCUGUCAAAUAUAAGUGUGCUGAGGCGGUUGAGAAUGAAUGGCUCUCAAAAGCCAAUGCUGUUCUUUUGUGAAGUGAAUGUUUGUCAAAGAUGUCUGGAAAAAAUAUCAAAAUUACUUUGCAAAAUUAUAAUUAGGAGCUCUGUAUAAUAAUCAAUUUGUUACUCUGGUGAAGAAACCAUCACAUGUGAUGUUCUUACUGUGGAUACAAAAUGCAUCGUUUGUCCACUAUGUAGCGAACUUCAUUCCAGGUGAACAUUCCUGGGUUUUAUCCGACACAAUAAAAAACAAACUGAAAUAUA